AUGGCGACGGGGGCUAGCGGAGGGCAGCCGAGCGUUCUGAGCACAUUGCCCAAGGAUCUGCCGCUAGAUUUUCUGAAGACUAUCACCGAUCAGUUCUCACCAGAGCGUAUACUUGGUACAGGCGCAUUUGGAACGGUUUAUAUGGGGAUUGCGCCAGACGGGCAAAAAAUUGCGGUGAAGAAACUUGCCGAAAAUACACCAAUCGCGCGUGACAAAGUAUUUACUAACGAGGUUCAGAAUAUUAUGGCUCUGCAACUGCAUCAUGAGAAUGUAGUAAAGUUGGUCGGCUACUGCCAUGAAGCCCAAAAGAAAGUGGUGCAAAACAAUGGAAGAUAUAUUGUUGCAGACAUUGUUGAAAGUUUACUCUGCUACGAGUACUUGCCGCAGGGGAACCUUCAGAAGAAUCUUUUUGAGGUAUCCUGUGUAAUGGAUUGGGACACACGCUUCAGAAUCAUCAAGGGGAUCUGCCAAGGUUUAGCCUUCCUACACAGCAUUAACAUUGUCCAUAUGGAUCUUAAACCUGAGAAUAUACUGCUGGAUGAUAAGAUGACCCCGAAAAUUGCGGAUUUCGGUCUCUCAAGGCUCUUUGGUCAAGAACAAACACGGAUGAGAACACAAAAUGUUGUUGGAUCAUAUGGAUACAUAGCUCCAGAAUAUCUAUACAGAGGCGAGAUCUCCACCAAGUCAGACAUAUAUAGUCUUGGCCUAUUAAUCUUGGAGACCACCACAGUUGAGAAAAAUUGUUCCAACAACGAACCAUCUGCGACGCAAUUUAUAAAAAGCGUACAUGAUAACUGGACGGAUGAGCACAUAGUGUCUCAGUGGCCACAUCUUGAUGGGGAUCGCUUUCAGCAGAUAAAAGUAUGCAUCAAAAUUGGACUAGAAUGUGUGGAGAUCGAUCGGCAGAAGAGACCUUCCAUAGAAGAGAUUGUCGAUAGGCUCAACGGAUUAUGGUCAACUGGAAGUUGA